GGAGGUUUUUAUUUUUGUAUUUCUUGGAUGAACCUUGAUGGACAGGCACAACUACUUCUUCUUCUCCUUGGAGCAAGGAGCACUGCUAUGCUCUAUCCCCGCACCGCCCUUGUUAUCCAACUCAUCAAGAGCCUUCUGUAUCGCCUCCCCGACCUCCUUGUCAACCCGAUUAAACAUCUCGAUCGUCGCCUUCUGUACUUGAGGAAGAGCCUUGCCAACAUGGGCCGCAACAUUCUUGGCAAAGACCUUGUCUUCACCGUUGCUCUUAAAGAUCUUCCAGAGAUCACGAGGCUGCUCAAAGUCUUCGUCUGUCACUUCCGACGAGAACUGAGUGACUUUGCCCACCCACUCAUCGUGGGCAAUAUCUGCUGGGCCGAGACGAAGAGAGCGGAAGGAGGAUCGGACUGGGACAGUCAGCAUCGAGGCUCUGUGUCGAGGGGUCAAGUGAAGGACUUACCAUAGUCCGGAUCACCGUCAUAGUUGCCGUCCACACGCAUCGGCCCGUCUCUUUGGUACGGCGAAUAGACGUACUGGGCGCGGUUGCAUGGCAGCUGUUGGUAGUUGGGACCCACGCGGUAUCUGGCUGCAUCCGGAUAGCUAAACAUUCUCGCUUGCAGCAUGGGAUCGGCACUGGGGCCGAUGCCAGGAACCAUCGUGCUGGGACUGAAGGCUGCCUGCUCAAUGUCCUGGAAAUGGUUGUCGGGGUUGCGGUUGAGGGUCAGCCUACCAAUGGGUCUCAGCGGGUAGUCCUUCUGUGGCCAGAUGCGGGUGAUGUCAAAGACAUUCCAGCGGUAAGUUUCCGCCUCCUUUGGAUCCAUGAUCUGGAAGUACAUCGUCCAGGAGGGGUAGUCCCCCUUCUCAAUGGCAUUGUACAGGUCCUUGAUAUGGUAGUCAGGCUCUUCUCCCGCCAACUUGACAGCUUCAUCAGACUCAAGGUUCUGGAUCCCAGCGUCAGGCUUGAAAUGGAUCUUGACAUAUUUGAAAGUGCUGUCUUCUGGCUUGCCGAACUUGAAGGUGUGGUUCCCGAAACCGUUGAUGUUGCGCAGAGACUUGGGGAUACCGCGCCCUCCGAAGAGCUGCAUGAGGCAAUGGACACCUUCCUGGUUGUUGUUGUGAAAGUCCCAGAACAUGGUCGAGUCAGGGACGUUGGUUUGGGGAUGUCGUUUGUGGGAGCGGUUUAGACUCGGGAAUUUGACGGGAUCUCGGAUGAAAAAGACUGGAAGAUCGUUGCCGACGAAAUCCCAAUUGCCUUCUUCGGUAAACAUCUUGAGGGCGAACCCGCGGAUGUCUCGGGUGGUGUCUGAAGACCCCUUCUCUCCGGCUACUGUCGACAGGCGGGCGAGGACCUUGGUCUUCUUGCCCACCUUGCUCAGGAAAGCAGCGGAUGUAAAGUCUGAUACAUCGUGAGUGCACUCGAAUUCACCCCAUGCUCCUGCGGCUUUGGCGUGUACGACUCUGUGCAAAUGACAGUUAGUGCCUGCCCAUGGGUGAGCGCGAGGUCGGCCCUACCUCUCAGGAAUCCUCUCCCGAGGAAAGUGGGCGAGGGUCUCUAUGAGCUGGGUGUCUGAUAAAAGUGAUAGCUGCCCUCCCUUGGGCUUUUCACCACGUAGAACAGUUGCCGCGGUUGGGUCAUGGACAGGCCGGCCUGGGCAGUGCUCAGUCAGCUGCGUGUCACAACACAGAGUGCUUACUCGGAAGAGGUGAUAGAAGAUGGGUAGGUACCUUCGGCCAAUGUAACGAUGGGGGCGUCGUCCUUGCACUGCCAUCAGCAUGGACCUGCUUGCCUCCAUCAUGGUGUCUGACUUACUGGAGUCAUCUUGAAGCUGUCAACCUCUUUCCUGCCGUUCCAAUAAUAGUGGUACAAAAGGAUUGUUUGGAGUAGCAGCUAUUGCAGCCACAACUUAAUCAUUAACACUCGAUUGAUAUACCAUCUCGCACACAUCCACGCAUCAUCAACAUAUCAUCAACAUCGGUGGAUAAUCUGGUGUCAUUGACGUCACCGCUCUGAAAUACUCGCAGAUCGUACCACCCAUUACUACUCUACGAUCAUUGAAAUUAAUCCGAUAACAAGUUAUUUGUCUGGUGAAUCCGGCUCUCGAAAGGUUGUUCGUGGAAAUAAUGGUAAUAAUGGUGUGUAAAUGCAUGACGUGCCAAUGACAGCAUUACCAAAAUGUGCUGCUGUAACCGUCCUGCACAACAAUCACUCAGCCACCUGCAGAACCGUGUAAAACACAGCAAUCGUGAUUAUCGGAGAAACAAGCCGCUCAAUACUACAAAACCGGCAUUCACCCCCUUCUUUUCCUAAAUACCUUGGCAAAAGCUUGUUCCAACCCACACGUCCGGCCACGCAGACCAUCCCCAUGGCCCCCGCAGAACCCAACGCACUGCCUUUCAGGCCAAAGGGGGAGACACCUCACUUUGCUGAGGAGAAGGAGGGUUGGAAGGGAUAUGUCGAAUGGGAGGAAUUCCCCGAGAAGAAGAAGCAAGCUCAGGAAGUCCUAAAGAGAUAUGAUUUUCCCGAACCCCCCGAGUUCCAACUCAUCCCCCUCCCAACCACCAACCCCGUCCUCACGGGCGAACGCUGGAAGCAGUACCACUCCGCCUUGGGCCUAUCCCACAUCUUCCACCACAGCUGGGAAACCGUCCUCCAAGAAAAGUCUCCAGACAUGACCCACAUUCUGCAGUUCCCCUACAACGGCGAAGCCCCCGGCGACCGCCUCAUCAAAACAGAACUCACAAACAACAAAGACCACUUUGUCCGCAACCACGGCGGCAUCCCUGACAUCGAUCCCGCUAAAUGGACUCUUGACAUUGGCGGUUUGGUUAAGAACCCGAAGAAACUCACUUUGGCGCAGCUUCAGGAUGAGAAGACUUUUCCUAGGCAAUCUAAUAUUGUCACGCUUCAAUGCAGCGGUACUCGUCGGAUAGAGCAGAUACAUGAGUACCCUGGCGAUGGCGACGAACUGAUCAACGCGCCGUGGGGGGAGGGCGCUAUCUCUACUGCGAGAUGGACGGGGGUUUCGCUUAAGAGGGUUAUCAAGUAUUGUGGUGGUCUUGUUGAUGAUAAGGGGGCGGAUAAUAUCGAGUUUUAUGGUGCGGACACGUACUUUAAGAAGGGGGGGGUGCACAAUUAUGUUGUUAGUGUGCCGUGGAGGAAGGUCAAGGCGCAUGAGGUGCUGCUGGCGUGGGAUAUGAACGGGGAGCAGCUGCCGAAAAUUCAUGGGUUCCCGGUGAGGGUGGUGGUGUUUGGGUAUAUUGGGGCGAGGAGCGUCAAGUGGUUGUAUAAAAUCAGGGCCAUCCACCGGCCGAGCAUGGCGCCGGUGCAGCGUAAGGAGUAUUUGUAUUAUACGCCGCAGAUUGGGAAGCAGAAUGCGACGUACAGUAAUGGGUUUUCCAUUCAGGAUAUGCCGGUUAGCUCGGCGAUUAUUACGCCGAAAAAUAUGGAUCAGAUUGUGCAUGAGGGGAGGGUUAGGCUGGCGGGGUGGGCUUACUCUGGGGGAGGGCACUGGCCGGUGAGGGUGGAAGUUAGUGGAGAUGGGGGGAGUAUUUGGUAUGAGGUCCCGACGGAGAAUAUGUCUACCAAGUACUUUUACGCCUGGAGGACAUGGUGGGUUGAUUUGCCGGUUGAUGCGGAGGGGUGGUUGGAGAUGUGCGUGAGGUGCUGGGAUAAUGCGAUGAAUACGCAGCCUACUUUUGUUAGGAGUGCUUGGAACUGGGACUUGCACGUCACUUCCUCUGCUCAUCGCGUCAAAAUCUACAGUAUCAACAAGUCGAGGCCGAACACUGCUGCGAGGCUCAAGCAGUUGGAGGAGAACAAUACCCCCAUCGUGCCGAUCACGAGACCGAUUCAAUUUGAUUUGGAGACUGAUGAGGAGUAUGCGAAGGCCAUGGAGUCAAGGGCUUGGAGGGAUCCGUUGGAGUAGAUGCCUGGGGAUUUUGCCCAUCAGGUUGUUCUAGGUGGGUCAGGGGGUUCGGGGGUACUCAGUGAUUACCGGCGCUUCAUCUUUGCGAUUUCAUGUACCCCUAUUUCGUUCUUUCUUGUGGCAGUUGAUGUUCUUCGAUGAUGUAUAUGCCUGUCUAGUAAACGAGAAACGUUGUCCAGCUCGUGUAGCUCUGAAGAACACGC